UUUUGGUCUUGGAAGACUCUUCGGUUAUGCACAAAAAAACCGACGAUCAAAGCGAAACAAUUCAUUCAGCGACAAUAAUUUAGAAACCGAACUAGUUGAGAUGAGAGAUUUGUCUGAAGAUGGUAUUGGGACAGUGAGAUGGAGUGCACCAGAGUUAGCACGUCGAGAGAGCUACGAUGGAUCAAUCGAUGUCUACAGUUUUGGAAUUGUGCUUUGGAAGAUUUGGUCACGUGGUUUUCCUUUCGAGCAGUAUCGGUUUGCUCACCAAGUAGACGAUGCCGUGGAAAGAGGUGAGCGUCCUGUCGUUCCAGACGAUUGCCCGGAGGAAUAUUCAACCGUAAUGCAAGCUUGCUGGGCAGAAAGAGCUCGGAAACGACCCUCGUUUAGCGAAGUUGUCAGCUCUCUGGAAAACAUGCACGUGGAAGAUGCUUGCUAGAGUGACUACACGAGUUUGAAUUUGGUCAUUUGCUAGUUUAGAUAUUGACACGUAAGUUUAGCUGUUAAUUAGAGGCAUAGAAGAUUAGAUUGCUAGCAUACGAUAUUAUAGAAUUAGGAGUUUUAGUCAUAAAAAUUAUUAAGAGAGAGUUGUUGUUUAGCCAAAUAAACGCGGAUAUU